AAGGGCUCAUUUCACGACAACCACACAUUUUAUGUGGUCUGACCAGCGGAAACAUCAGCACAUCCUUCCCCACCUCUGCCAGGUCUCAGUGUCAUCCAGUGUCAGAUCCCAAUUACCUUUUUUUUUUCUCACCUCUUUCUCUCCUGGUCCAGGGAUGUCGUCUCUUCUGAGGGAGGAGAUGCAGAGAGUUUUAUUCCGACCUGGAAAACAGAGACUGGUGGAGUUUAUCGAGAUCGAAGAGCCGACACAUGGAAGGCAUUUUCUCUGCGCCUCAGUUGCGAAAAACAAAGUGGUGCAGCUGAGUAUAGUUCGAUGUCAGAUAUCUCAGACAACCUUAAAGUCUGGAUCCAAGAAGUCUCGCACCAAACGCUCAUGCAUACAGGAGUGCUACAGGAGGGCGGAGGUCUGGUCCCUGCAGGACCUGACUCUUAUUGACGGACGGGACCCUGAUGUGGAUGACCCCUGUUUCUUGCUGCACUUUGACAAGGUGCGUACAGUGAAGGCCGUCAGCUGCUCAGCCAAAUACGCCUUUGUGCGUGCCCUGGUUGCUCUCAGCGAUCAGCACUGUCAGAGGUCACUGAACCUGCAGAACUUUGACUGGGCCUACAUAAAGCCCACUUCUUUCUACUCCAACAGAGGAGACUGUGUAGUUCUGUCACAGAUAUGCUUCUAUGCACUCAAUUUAGUGUGUCUGUCCAUGUGUCCUGUGCCCCUGGAUGCAUAAUGGUAUGACACAACAAUUGUGUGUGCGUGUGUUUGUGUGUGUCAAUUUAGGUGUGUGUAUUUAUAAAACUAUUGUGAGUCAGAGAUGCGGAAGUGAAUGUAAGCUUGUGGCUUCCUUAACACUAAUAAGGCUUUAAUGAGUCACACACCAUGAAAAUGUCUUUUGCAUUUGUACUCCGCUAAAUGUAUCUCAAAUAAAACAACUAAAAAAAUG